GUUGCAUAAAAGACUGGGAUUGGUGGAUGAGCGGCAAGCUGUGAGGUAUAAGUGCUGUCCACAGGUGAGGUCAACUUCACUGCCAACAUGAAGGUCUUCCUGUUUUUCGGAUUGGUGGCUUUUGCCCUUGCUGACGUCACUCGCUUUGAGGGUGAUAAAGUCCUGCGUCUGAAGCCUGUGCUUGAUGAACAUGUGAAAGUCAUUAAGGAACUGGCUAUUAGCACUCAGCUCGACUUCUGGAGCCCAGAGAGCCCUGAGCUGGUGACUACCAACACUGAUGUGGAUAUCCGUGUGCCUGCCAUGUACCAUGACAUGGUGUUCACCAUCCUGCAGCAGAGCAACAUGAAAUACGAGGUCCUUAUUCAGGAUGUUCAGGAUGCUGUUGACAGCCAGGCUGACAGCAAGGGUUCUCCCAGAGCCCACGGCUACACCAAGUACAACACCUGGAGUGAUAUUGAGUCCUGGAUCACCUCCAUUUCUUCCUCCAAUUCUGAACUGAUCAGCACGGAAGUGAUUGGAAAAUAUGAAGGCCGCCCCAUGACAGUUCUCAAGAUUGGUAAGAAGUCCAGCUCCACCAAGCCUGCUAUCUUCAUGGACUGCGGUAUCCAUGCCAGAGAGUGGAUCUCUCCUGCUUUCUGCCAGUGGUUUGUCAAUGAGGCAGUGUCCACCUAUGGCAGUGAUGCUCAGAUGACCAGCCUGCUCAACCAGAUGGAUGUCAUCGUUCUGCCCGUCUUUAACAUUGAUGGCUACGUAUACACCCACACAACCGACAGGAUGUGGAGGAAAACUCGCGCCAAGAACUCUGGAACCAGCUGCAUAGGAACCGAUCCAAACAGAAACUUCGACGCUGGCUGGUGCACCGUUGGAGCUUCCAGCAACCCUUGCAGCGAGACUUUCUGUGGCUCCAGUGUUGAAUCUGAGAUUGAAGUCAAGAAUGUCGCUAACUUCAUCCGCAAGAAUAAAUCCAUCAUCAAGGCUUACAUCACUAUCCAUUCCUACUCUCAGCUGCUGCUCUUCCCCUACUCCUACACCUAUGAGCUAGCUGCAGACCACAGUGAGCUGUUGGAGGUCGCUGAGGGAGCCUCUGCUGCUCUGCGUAGUCUGUAUGGCACACGCUACACCAGCGGACCCGGCGCUUCAACUAUCUACCUCGCUGCUGGAGGUUCUGACGACUGGGCCUACGACCUGGGAGUGAAAUAUUCCUACACCUUCGAGUUGCGUGACACUGGUCGUUAUGGCUUCCUGCUGCCCGAGUCUCAGAUCAAGCCCACAUGCGAGGAGACCAUGCUGGCCGUCAAGUACAUUGCCGCCUACGUGCAGAAGAACCUCUAUUAAAAUGCGGAACUGCCAGGACCCCUGCCAACUCGGCUCCUCUGUACCAGCCCCCACCCCCUCCAACCUCUCAGCCAUCUCCUGCCCGUAUCCAUGGAUACGGGCACCACCCGCCAUGUUUCCUCACUGUGCCUGACAGAAUGUCGAGAUGAGUGCAAACAAUAAAAUCAAUGAUCCAUCCCCA